AUGCGGGACGCACCCUGGAUGUUUCCUUCGCUCCUGCAGCAACCAACCACCAGCAGCAGCAGCAGCAGCAGCAGCAGCAGCAGCAGCAACAGCAGCAGCAGCAGCAGCAGUACAGAUUUCGCAGCAGCAGAUACCUUCAAAGCCAAGGGGCCCCCACCACCAACUCAGGGGGCCCCCCAGGGGCCCCCACCCUCAACCUCUACUAAGGGGCCCCCACCACCGGCUAAGGGGCCCCCCCCAUCAACCAAGGGGCCCCCCCCACCAACCGGGGGGCCCCCACCGUCAACCAAGGGGCCCCCCGCACCAACCAAGGGGCCCCCUUCUGCAACUAAGGGGCCCCCACCACCAACCAAGGGGCCCUCCCCCUCAACCAAGGGGCCCCCCCCACCCAGUAAGGGGCCCCCACCACCGGCUAAGGGGCCCCCACCACCGGCUAAGGGCCCCCCCCCCUCGAGCAAGGGGCCCCCCCCAAAGCUGAAGGGGCCCCCACCAUCAGGCAAGGGUCUUUGA